CCACGAGCUCAACAUCGUCUUCGUAUGACAGGCGUCCGUUAGCGCUCGCUCACUGAGACCGUAGUGCCUCCGUCCACGCUGUCCUCCACGCCUGCACUCGCUGCAACCGGACACGGAAGCCUCUUCUCCUUGGCCGCAGACGACCCGUAGCUCUCCAGUCUACCACAGCAUCCGUCAGACUUGUCGAUACGAGCCGUUGGGUCGUCGUGAGCUGCUACUGCCUGCCCUGCCGGACCGUCAACGCGUUGGGCGUCAUGCGAUCUAACACAGUCAGAGCCUGAGCCAGCCACUACACACCACCACUCAUCCUCAGCGUGUCUGCCAGAGGAUGACAGACGUCUCCUCGAUCCAGGCGCAUGCUGACCCUCAGCCGGCACCGGCACCGGCACCGGCACCGGCCGCCUUCUUCGGCGCCGGUCCUCCACCGCCAGCCUACUCCCACGGCUCCCCAGGCUUAGAUGGUACAAUCGACGAAGAAGAGUCGUCUACGAUCAAAUGCAUUUGCGGCUUUGCCGACGACGACGGCAAUACUGUGCUGUGCGAGAGGUGCGACACAUGGCAGCACAUCGUCUGUUACUAUGAGUCUGCCGAGCAUGUGCCUGACGUGCACGAAUGCACAGACUGCAGCCCAAGACUCGUCGAUUCGAGAAGGGCUGCCGACAAGCAACGCCAACGGAAAGAACUGCUCAACUUUGCAGAUCGAAAGGGUCGACCGAAGACCACCACCAAGAACCCGAAGAAACGCACCAAGGAUCCACUCGGGUCCGCGCAGCCCAACGGCUGGCCAACAAGUUCGAACAAUGACCUCCACUACAACCCUGAACGUAAGAGUGGAAGCCCACGAGACUUGCCCCCACCAAACAAGCGACCGAAGACAAACCAUCGUCCCUCAGGCUCCAUCGGCGUUGUCAGCCAAGCACCAGCACUUGCCCCUGCGUCGCGCAAGCGAGGAGGCUCUGUCGUCGUGAACGGCAACAGCCCUGUCAAGUCUCCGACCAACAUCGAAGGUCCUAUCGAGGACUUCUCGUUGGAGUUCAUGAACCUCUACACAGCGCCCGAGCCACCGUCGGCUGACAACAAUUCCUACACGAGUUUGGGCGUCGCCAGCGAUAUUGCUAUGUGGCUCAAGGAUCCAGACGCCCUGGCCGAGGCCAGUGGAGGCAAGAAACCGCAGGAUCUCUUCUCGCGCAUUGAGAACACUAUCCAAGACCUUGAGACAUCGACAGCACCGGCCAUCACCAAGCAAACAGAGGUUGACUCUGGCAUAACAGCACACGGCCUCAACCCGCAAUGGCACUUCAUCACCACCGACGGCCCGAUCGCUGAUGGAGGAUAUGUUGGGGAAUUGAAGGGCUUGGUCGGACGAAGAGAGGAGUACUGUCAGGACCCCGAAAAUCGAUGGAACCUGUUGCGCCAUCCGGAGCCCUUUGUCUUCUUCCCCCCACACCUGCCAAUAUACAUCGACACACGGCAAGAGGGUAACAUUUUGCGCUACGCAAGACGAAGCUGCUCGCCCAACAUGGCCAUGAAGAUCCUCGUCGAAGCUAGCAGUGACUAUCACUUCUGCUUUGUUGCAACACGACAGAUCGAGCCGACCGAGGAACUUACUGUAGGGUGGGAUAUCGACUCCGAAGUACAGAAACAACUUGUCAAGGUCGUCACAAAUGGCGCAAAGGACGGCUUCAAGAGGAUACAGCCAUGGGUAUCUUGCGUCCUGGCCAAUUUCGGUGGGUGUGCAUGCGACACCUCGACCGGCCAUGAAUGCCUGCUGGAGCGAGCCCGUCGUACCAUCGCUGAGCCUGCACAGCCUACCAAGGCCAAGAACAAGAAGUUGAAGAAGUCGCAGAUCUCACCUUUGAGCACGGGCCGUGCGACCAACAGCCGCGCUGGCAGCGAGACGCUGCACCGCGACAACGCUGACGAUGACAAUAUGGACAGCCGUUCUACAUCUGGCUCGCAUAAAUCCAGCAGUCGGGAUAUUACGCCCGCUACCCAUUUCUCGCUCGAUGGUGACGUGAAGAUGUCAGACCGUGAGAGGCGAAAGCUGCAACAACAAGAGAGGUUGUUCGAGCAGAUGGAGGACGAGCAACACAAGGGCAAGAGAGGGAAAAGAAACAGUGCUGGGUCUACCCUCAAUACGCCCAGCAUUGCCGCCUCAAAACGGCUGGGAUAUCCAGAACCUUCACCCUCAGCACGUCAUCGCGAACACAGCCAUGGCGUGGCACGGAAGGCGUCCGGCAGCUCAUCGAAGACCAACGCUCGCAGCGCACCGAAACCCAAGCCCGUCUAUGUCGAGGCAUCUACACAAACGGAAGAUGACGGUAUCGCUGCUAGUGUACGCGUGGAAAUGAAGCCUCCAAUGUCGUUCAAGCGCAAGCUCCUUCAGCAGGCGCAGGAAGACAAGCUACAGCGCGAGCGGAUUCGAUCUGCUUCCGUAAAGACGGAAGGCAGAUCACCAGCGCUGAAGGACGUAUCUUCAAACAAGCCAUCUCCACUACCGCCGUCUCCACCACUGGACGACUCUUUGGCGAUGGAGAUCACUCUGGAUCAUGCGUCUGUGCCACGAUCAAAGGAGCUGACACCGGCGAAGGAGUUGUCCCCGAUUCCUACCGCUGACGUCGAUAUGCAAGACACCGACGAGGUUGCUGCACCGAAAACAGCGGAGCCAAAGGUUGAAGACAUGCCUGAUGCCCCUGCAGUGGAAAUCUCAAAGGAAGUGUCGCAUCCUCCUAUGAAUCCACCUGCGCCGCCAUGGCCAGCCACGUCGUCCGCUCGACAAUCCCCAGCGCCCAGCUCAGAUGAACCUGCAAAGUCUGUCGACAUGAAGGUCGACAUGCCGGCGAAGCCCGAGCUGACCAAUCCUUUCUCUGCUGACUCUGCUGUCACCCCGGGUGUGACUGGAACACUGUCAGUGCAAUCCCCCCUGGCGAUAGCUUCGCCCUUCUCGCCCGCUGUCCAGGAAGCUGUCAACCCUACACCAGUACGCAAGAAGCUCAGCCUGAGCGAGUUCGCGAGCAGAAGGGCGAAGCUCGCACAGACGACGAGUUCGACUGGCACACCUCUGGCGUCGCAGUCAACCAGCUCACCUACCUUGUCGGCAGCAAGUCUGCCAACCGCUUCACCACCCAGCAAGACUGCUGAGCUGUCGUUGCCUAUCGUUACGGAGGAACCGCAGCCCAUGCAAACCGUUGCCGCCGCCACGACCGCGCCCACUCCGACAUGAGACAUGAUACCCAGGGCGCCUUCUUUCGGAUUCACCCCUUCUUCUUGGCCGCUCGACGCUUGCCAAUCUUCUUCUUCUUU